GCUCUCGUUCGCUGUGUCCGGACGUUUCUCUCGGUUGCACGCCAUGCCCUUGACUUCCUACGAGAGGUGAUCGGUAAACCGGGACCGGGAGGUCGAAACAUUUUGACGGGUUUGAAGAAGAGGAGGUUCAGUCGGCAUGGUGCUGGUACCAGACGAGGGGAAGUCUCUCCCUCCUCCCGGGAUCGUGAACAGGAACUCGGUGUGGCUGGCCGGGGUCGGCUGGUGCACCGCGAUGCUGCACAACGCCAUGAAGCACAGGCCGCCGCUGCAGUCAGGUGUUCAUCGACAAGUCCUGGCGGCGUCAAUCGGCUGGUUCAUCGGUUACCACCUCACAAAAUAUGCAGAUUACACUUACGCCAGGCUCGAUCGAGACAUGAACGAGUACAUCCGACUCCACCCAGACGACUUUGCACCAAAGGAAAAAAGGACCUUUGCAGAGAUCGUCGAGCCUUUCCAUCCUGUGCGCUAAGUGUCUGUGGCUGGCUGGUGAAGAUGGAAGAAGGAGCGCGAGAGAGAAACUCAAGUCUCAAGUGGUCUCAAGUGAAAUCUUUCUGUCAUUUACUGUGUGAAAUAUAGCUUAUGUAAAUAAAAGAAAUACCCAAAUCUAACA